GUUUUUUACAACUCCAGUGGAAGAACGAGGAAGUGGAUCAAGGUGAGAACGAGGACAACGAGUACCUCCUUCAGUAUACCAUCUGUACACUUCUCGAACCAAGAAGAAUUAGUUCAGAAGAAGACAGAAAGUCGUAGGACUUCCAAGAAUGAUGAAUCUAGUAAAAAGUAGACGCACGCGCAGUAGGCAGGGCGGAAAUAUUGAUCGAAGAUCCGAUCGUUUUGAACAAGGAGCCUCGGGGAUGUCGUUGUUCUGCCUUUCAUGGGCAUGUACCAUGCGUAUUUUGGGAUAUGCUUCAUCAUCGAUAAAUUUCGUUGAUGCACUGCACAGUUGAUCAUGUCUAGAGCUAAUUGUUUUUAAUAUAUAUAUAAGUACCAUCCUGAACCACUUACCACUUUCAGUUCUAAUAAGGUAUUAAAUCUUUUAGUCAUUUUUGUGCUGAACUUGAUCUUGAUAGCAUCAAAAGUUGAAAUCUUAACUGUGGUGACCUCGCUGCGCCCUAAUGCAGGAGUGGAGCAAUAGGAUGAAAUCGUUAUGAUGUAUUUAGGCUUCGUGAUGCUCUUCGCGUGACAUCGGAAGAAGGUUUUUUACAACUUCGGCGUUGAUCAAUUCUUUUUUAUGCAGCAGACACAGGGACAGAGACGCAGGGGUUCGUUUCUAUCAGCUACCAAAUGUUGAAGGUAAGAACAGAAAUUCGUAACGCUUAGCAGCUGGGGCUCCUGUCCUGAUUGUUCCUGCAGCAGCUAGAGGGUGGUGUAUCCAUGCUGCUUGUUUCCUGUGGCGGCUAAUUUCUUGGCCUGCUAAUUUGGCCUCUCAUACUUCUGCUCGACGUUACCCAAGUGAAAUUUCUUGCUAGAAAGUUCUUAAUUUGUCAAACAAGAAACAUGAAUGUUUAAUCGUUAAUAUUGAUAGUCGCUAAAUCAUGCUAGAACUAGCUACUCUCCUAUUAUCACUCAAAUACUAAUUCAUCUUGAGAUUUUUUGCAAGUUACAGUCAGCUCGUUUGCCUUUGAUUCGUUAAUCUAAGUCCUUUUAUAAUUCAUUCGAUUCCUACACCUAGAAGGGAGCUGGCUUAACAUCGUUUGCUGGUGGGCAAGCGCGAGCGCAACGCGGGGGUGGGUCGGGCAUCGCGGAGGGAGCAUUGGAUGAAAAAGUCGCAGGGGACGACAAGACAAUUUCUUAAACUGCAAAUUCCAUCAUUCAUUGCCAAGCUCCACCAAUGAAACGAUAACCAGUAUCUGUAUUGUUCUUCUUUUUUACAUUGAUUGUCUUUCCAAGACAAAAUCUAAGGAAAAUGAUGAAAUCCCGCGAUGAAAUAUAUCGCUGUUUUUUUCGAGGUAGAUUGCAAACGCAAAUGUACCGUGGGGGCGGGCCACUUCAAGAUUGACAAUAAGGUAACAAAGUCAAAGUCAUUUUAUUCGAGUCGUCUUCAAUGUUAUUCUUCUGAGCAUCGAUCGAAUAGACUUAGAACACUGACUUCUAACAUCAUUAAUGCCGUUCCAAAUUUAAGGCUUGGGAGUUGACAUCUCUAUGCGCAUCACUAUGGCUUCUUCAAGUAGGAAAGCCAUAGAAAUGCGAGCUAGAGACGCCAACUUUCAACCCCUAACAAAUGAGAAAACAGAAAAGUCAAAGCAUUAGGUCUUUUGAGAGCUAGGUUUCGAACGUUUGGAAAGUAAAACUUGAUAUAAUGAAUUGGUGUUAUUCCUUGAUGAUUGGUAAUCGUGGAAUUUAGCAACGAUUAAUCCAUGUUUUUCGAAUGACCGAGUAGUUGAUUACGACCAUGGUACUGACACACUGACGAAGUCUGAAUGUAUAGAUACAUCUUGCGUAAUUUUGAUCAGGAGACAAGACGUCUAGUACGAUUGUGAUUGAACAAAGAGCACAUAAAUCGCGGCCUUCUUUUUGUAUAGGGAUGUCUAGUCUAAUAUGGUAUUCUAUCUACUUUUCAGAAUUGAGAUUGGAUAGUUGUUACGUCAUGUAUGAAGAACGAAGAAUGAUGGAGCUACACAAGUAGAAUCAUAUGUAGAGGUCAACGAAGAAUACGGAGGCCUUCAGCCUGAAUCGGUCUUUGAACUUGAAGAACAGAAACAAUGCUUCUACAUGGUUAAUGUUUAUGUUUCCUUCGUUUUGAAAUUGAAAACAUGAUGUCUUCUUGUGAUUCUCUUUUGAUGAGGGUAAUAAAGUAAUUCGAAUUCCUUCCAAUGUUGAAAAUAGAAAAUAGU